AAAACACAGAUUUCUUUGACAGUUGUUACAAAGUCAAUUCCAUAAGAAAAGAAAAAAUAUUAUUUGAACACUUAUAGAAAAAUUAUUACUCACAAAGAAUAUAGGAAAUAAGUUUUAAGCAAAUUCAAUUUGGAGGAGAUUUUGAACGAAAUGGAUUCAGAUAUUGAUAGCUAUGCUGAUGAAAAUGAUUCUGGAAAUGUAUCAACUGAUGACGAUAAUUUUGCAAUGGAUGUCGAUAUUAAUAAUACUCGACAACAAGUAGACUUGGAGAGUUAUCCGUAUGAAGUUCUGACAACUGAAGAUAUCGUACGACAUAUGGUAGAUUGUAUCAAAGAAGUGAAUACUGUCGUUGAGAUUCCAGCUACAACCACGAGAAUUUUAUUGAAUCACUUUAAGUGGGAUAAAGAAAAAUUAAUGGAACGAUUUUAUGAUGGAGAUCAAGAAAAACUGUUUAAAGAUGCUCGCGUUAUAAAUCCAUUUAAUAAACCUAUAUAUACUCCAAAACCAAAGUUUGUGACUUAUCUUUCUUUUAAGAUACAGAAACUUGGUAUUGAAGAAUGUGAAAUUUGCUUCGCAUCUUAUCCAUCCAAUAUGAUGACGGGUCUCGCUUGUGGACAUCGUUUUUGUAUAUCUUGUUGGUGCGAAUAUCUAACAACCAAAAUUCUAGAAGAGGGUCUAGGGCAAUCGAUUGCCUGUGCUGCACAUGAUUGUGAUAUUUUAGUGGAUGACGUAACUGUUAUGACUCUUGUUACGGAUCAACGUGUAAAAUCAAGAUAUCAAAAAACUGUUACGAAUAGCUUUGUUGAGUGCAACAGAUUGCUUCGAUGGUGCCCUUCUGCCGAUUGCAAUAAUGCCAUUAAAGUGCAAUAUGUCGAUCCUAGACCUGUAAAGUGUACUUGUGGACAUACAUUUUGCUUUGAGUGCGGUGAAAAUUGGCAUGAUCCUGUCCAAUGUCGAUUGCUUAAAAAAUGGAUAAAAAAAUGUGAUGAUGAUUCUGAAACAUCCAAUUGGAUAGCAGCUAAUACGAAAGAAUGUCCAAAAUGUAAUGUUACGAUUGAAAAAGAUGGAGGAUGUAAUCAUAUGGUCUGUAAGAAUCAAAAUUGUAAAUUUGAUUUUUGCUGGGUGUGCCUUUCUAGUUGGGAGCCACACGGAGCUUCCUGGUACAACUGUAACCGUUACGACGAGGAGGAAGCACGCGCAGCACGAGAUGCCCAGGAAAAGCUCAGAUCAUCACUGGCAAGAUAUCUUCACUUUUACAAUCGUUAUAUGAAUCAUAUGCAAUCGUUAAAAUUUGAACACAAACUCUACGCAUCCGUAAAAGCAAAAAUGGAGGAAAUGCAGCAACAUAAUAUGUCAUGGAUUGAGGUACAAUUUUUGAGGAAAGCUGUAGAUAUUCUAUGUUUAUGUCGCCAGACAUUGAUGUAUACUUAUGUGUUUGCUUACUACUUGCGAAAGAACAACCAAUCUAUGAUUUUCGAAGAUAAUCAGAAAGAUUUAGAAUCAGCUACUGAAAAGUUAUCGGAAUAUUUAGAACGCGAUAUAACAUCUGAAAAUUUGGCUGACAUAAAACAAAAGGUGCAAGAUAAAUACAGAUACUGUGAAAAACGUAGAAAAGUUUUAUUGGAUCACGUACAUGAAGGAUAUGAAAAGGACUGGUGGGAGUACUCUGAUUUAUAAUAAAUUCAAAUUCUAUGUACAUUUUAUUUUUAUUUAAAGAGCAUAUAUCACUUUCUUAGAAGAAAUAAAUUUAAAAUCUUGAAAUUAACAAUA